AUGGCUACAGAAAACGGAGCAGUUGAGCUGGGAAUCCAGAGCCUGUCAACAGAACAGACACCUAAAGGCGCUGCAGGUGAUGGACCUCCAGCUUCGGAGAAAGAACCCAGCCCCCCAGUCAAAGAGAAAGACCCGAGCCCCCCGAACACGGAGAAAGAUCAGGGCGUGCCGGAUCCAAAGAAAAAUCCGGAUCCGCCCUCCCUGAAGAAAGAUCCCGCCGAAGCCCCUGGCCCAGCGAAAGAGGGUGACCAGGCCUCAGCUUCAGCCAGCAGCCAGGGCCCUUCGCGACAGGGGGACGGAGGCGGGGACCCUCCUGAAGGCAGCGCGGGGCCUCCUGCAGCCUUGCCCCAGCCCACGGCCACAGCCGAGGCCAGCAUCCCGAAGCUGGACGCCAAGCAAGCGCCCUCGGGCAGCCAGGGAUCCGGAGAGGCCAAGGCAGGCAAGAAGGCAGCAGAAGGCCGCGAAGCAGGAAGAAGGGGCUCACCGGCCUUUCUUCACAGCCCUAGCUGCCCGGCUUUCAUCUCCUGCUCUGAGAAAGCACUGGCUGCGAAGCCCCUAAGUGACACAACGGAACUCGUCUUUGCAGGGGUGUCUGUGACCCCUGAACCCCAAGAUCCUGGUCCAGCCAAGGCAGAAGGAGGCACGAACAACCUGGCAGAGAAACAGAAGAAGGAAGAGGCAGAGAAAGCCCCAGGCCAGGCUGGGCAGGCUAAGGCGCAAGGGGACACCUCCCAGAGGAUCGGGUUCCAGGCUGUUCCCUCAGAGAGCGCAGAGGUGGGGCAGGCCCUCUGCCUCACUGCCAGGGAGGAAGACUGCUUCCAAAUUCUGGAUGAUUGUCCGCCACCCCCAGCCCCCUUCCCACACAGGAUCGUAGAGCUGAGGACCGGAAAUGUCAACAGUGAAUUCAGCAUGAACUCAAAGGAGGCAUUGGGAGGUGGCAAGUUUGGAGCUGUGUGCACCUGCACGGAGAGAUCCACAGGUCUCAAGCUGGCAGCCAAGGUCAUCAAGAAACAGACUCCCAAGGACAAGGAAAUGGUGUUGCUGGAGAUCGAGGUCAUGAACCAGCUGAACCACCGCAAUCUGAUCCAGCUGUACUCGGCCAUCGAGACCUCUCACGAGAUCAUCCUGUUCAUGGAGUACAUCGAGGGCGGCGAGCUCUUCGAGAGGAUCGUGGAUGAGGACUACCAUCUGACGGAGGUGGACACCAUGGUGUUCGUCAGGCAGAUCUGCGAUGGGAUCCUCUUCAUGCACAAGAUGAGGGUCCUGCACCUGGACCUCAAGCCAGAGAACAUCCUGUGUGUGAAUACCACUGGGCACUUGGUGAAGAUAAUCGACUUUGGCCUGGCAAGGAGGUAUAACCCCAAUGAGAAGCUGAAGGUGAAUUUUGGGACCCCAGAGUUCCUGUCACCGGAAGUGGUGAACUAUGACCAGAUCUCUGACAAGACAGACAUGUGGAGCCUUGGGGUGAUCACCUACAUGCUACUGAGUGGCCUCUCUCCCUUCUUGGGAGAUGAUGACACGGAGACCCUAAACAAUGUCCUGUCCGCCAACUGGUACUUCGAUGAGGAGACCUUUGAAGCUGUGUCAGAUGAAGCCAAAGACUUCGUUUCCAACCUUAUCACGAAGGACCAGAGCGCCAGGAUGAGCGCUGAGCAGUGCCUUGCCCACCCCUGGCUCAACAACCUGGCAGAGAAAGCUAAACGCUGCAACCGUCGCCUCAAGUCCCAGAUCCUGCUUAAGAAAUACCUCAUGAAGAGGCGUUGGAAGAAAAACUUCAUCGCUGUCAGCGCAGCCAAUCGCUUCAAGAAGAUCAGUAGCUCAGGAGCACUGAUGGCUCUGGGGGUCUGAACCCCAGGAGCAGCCAAGCCUGGGUGCAGCUGCACGGUGGUCAAGGCUGAACCCACACAGCUCGAAGGCCAGAGACAGCCGGCCAGGUCUCUAGAGCUGGCUAGUCAGGACAAAACUGCACCGGGCCGGAGGCUUGGGGCUCCGCAGGUCCUUAGGCGAUGCCGCUUCCCCUAUGUGAACAUGGAGUGUGGCCUGGAAUCCAUCGCUACCGCCUCCUCAGCAGGGCUGUGGCCUGCCAGCCCCACCCAGACUCCAAGGACGGCCAGGCCAUUCCCCAGGCUCUCCCUAGCUUCCCCCUUUGAACUGCUGCCCUGUGGCCUCUUCUCUGCCCCGCCUGGGGCACCCUUGCUUGCAGCGGGCUGGCUGGGGGUCCAGCAGGUGGGCUGCUGUGGCGGUGGGUGGGAAGCUUCCAGCAGUGUCAGGAUGCAGUCCAGCUGCCCGGGGAGACAGAGCAGGCUUUGUGUGAGAGGCCCUCCGUGCCCUACCUCACACUCCCAACAGAUAGAGCCUCGCACAUACCAUCUGGCCUCCUGGCCCCCACCUUCUGUGUUUUGUGACCACCAACACACAGGAACUCUGUGAGAGAAAACCAGCCCGGGCCUGGAGUGGUGGUGGUAGCGGGGAGAGGCCUGGGAAGCAUGACGCUACCCUUCUUCCCCCAAGUCUACUUGAGGACUGAGUCUUCCCAGCCUGGCUGCUCUGUACCCGUGCCAGGGGCAGUCCCAACCCCAAAUAACAGGAUGAACUGGCCCACGAGAAGUAUGAAGCCGUCGGGCAGACCCCAACCUGCUCUCAGCUUGUGCCUUGUAAAUAAAUACACAGGUUGGAGGCAGCCUCCUUCCCUCUGCACGUACACACA